ACCUCUCAAAUCCAAAACAUUCAUAAUUUAUUAUUUUUAUUAUUAUUGAUAUAAAUAAAAGUGCCAUGAGUUGUGACUAUGGUGAAGAUUGCGCAGGAGACGUACAAGAUCUUGAACCUAAAGCAAUUAUAGGAUUCGAUGGAAGUACUAUAAAUGGUCUUGUGGUGCACCCGAACGGCCUACACGUUUUAUACCCGAUGGGCAACAAAAUAAGCAUUCAAGAAUGGGACACUAAAAAGCAAACUUUCCUCGUGGGCCAUACGAACAAUAUUUCUGCUGUUUGUAUUUCGCCUUCUGGAAAAUUUGUAGCUAGCGGUCAAAUUAACCAUAUUGGCUUCAGGGCUCGUGUCAUUAUAUGGGAUUUCGAGAAACAAGUCAUGCUUAAUCAACACGAACACCAUAAAGUACGUGUGGAAACUGUAGUGUUUUCAAAAGACGAAAGAUAUUUAAUUUCUUUAGGUGGUCGUGAUUGUGGUUCACUAGUAAUAUGGGACAUGACAGUGGGGCACGUCGUAUGUGGUACUCAUGCUUCGCGCGGCUCUCAAGGCGAAGCAUUAGCUCUAUUGCCAAUGGUGCGACGUGGCCAAUGCUUUAUUUCCGCUGGAGAUUGUCAUUUGUCCAUUUGGACUAUAGACUUUAACAUGCGCAGCCUUAGAAGCAUAGACGUUGCAAUGUCGAAGCUCAAAAGAAAAGUGAUGUGCAUGGAUGGUAACGAAAGAGAUGAAGUUUUGUAUUGCGGUACCAGUACUGGAGAUGUUUUGAAGAUUAAGUUGAAUUUUCAUCACGAUUUGGAUAUUGUUGAGCCGGUUAAGACUCCGUGUGUUGUGGGCUGUUUCGCUAGGAUUUCGAAGAAAAAAUUGCGUAGGGGUAGCGUGGAUUUGUAUCAGCAGGGGGUGCGUUCGCUUAAAAGGCUUUUCGGAGGCGAGCUGAUUAUAGGAGCAGGAGAUGGUACCCUGGAAAUGGUGGUUGAAGACAAGCCUGUUUUACCAAAAGAUUGUGUUGACGUUAAAUUACCCUCGAUACCUGUUUUGAAAGUAUUGAAGUCAACUUAUGUAAACACCGCAAUAACUUCUUUACAGCUGACUAAAGAUUAUAUCUUAGCAGGCACUAUGGCAAACGAAAUUUACCAAAUUAAUAUGAAUAACUUCAAUGCUGCAUUGAUUGUCAGCUGUCAUACGUCGACGAUUUAUGAUAUAGCAUUUCCAACCAACUUUUCCGAAGUUUUCGCCACAGCUAGUCACAACAACGUACGCGUAUGGUCGAUGACCACAAUGCAAGAGCUCUUACGCAUAUGCGUGAGAAACUUCACUUGCUCCAGUGUCGUUUUCGCUCACGAUGGUCGUUCGAUAUUGACGGCCUGGAACGACGGAGUAAUUCGUUCGUUCACGCCGUUGACAGGUCGUCUAAUGUACGCUAUACUAAAUGCGCAUAAUAAAGGAGUUUCUGCGUUAACGACUACGUCGCACGGACGGAUGCUGGUUAGUGGAGGUUGUGAGGGUCAAGUACGACUUUGGCAAGUGUCUCCCUACAGGCAACAGCUAAUUUGUACACUCAAAGAACACAAAGGUCCAAUAUCAGCGCUACACAUCAAUAAGUUCGAUACGGAAGCGGCUAGUGCCAGUACGGACGGUACCUGCAUAAUAUGGGACCUCGAGCGACAAUGUCGUAGGCAAAUUUUGUUUGCCAAAACAUUGUUUUUGUGCGUCAAGUAUUUUCCCUCCGGCGUGCAGCUGUUAACAGGUGGUUCCGAUAGAAAAAUCGCUUAUUGGGAAGUAUUGGAUGGGUGUCUAGUGCGAGAACUGGAAGGGUCUCCGACUGGUACUAUCAACACUUUGGAUAUUUCGCCUUCUGGCGAAUAUUUCAUUACGGGUGGCAACGAUCAGAUUAUCAAACUGUGGCGAUACCAAGAAGGUAUGACAACUCAUAUAGGAAUGGGUCAUUCGGCAGCCGUAACGUCAGUGCGGUUUAGUGCUGAUGGUAAGCAUGUUAUAAGCGGUAGUGCUGCUGGUACUAUUUUCGUUUGGAAAGUCCCAAACACUGAAGGAGAAGCAGUUCCCGAAAAAACACCCGACAUUGAUAAUGUAAAACAAGCGGCUACGACUGAACACAUUUCAGAUCUUCCAACGGCAAGAUCUCACGUUUCGGUUGAAGUAUCACAAAAGUCUCAGCAGGAGCUGCCACAACAGCAUGAAAGUGAAGAAUGGUGCAAAUGCCCUUCGAUUAGUUCAAAGAGCUCUAGAUCUAGUUGCUGUUCGAUGAAAGCUGAUAGUAUCUCGAAAUCUUUGGUGCCAAAGGUAGGAUCUGGAAGUGCGUCUUCAAGUAAAAAAGGAUCCGGAAUUUCUUCUCCGAAAAAAAUUGGAUCUGGGUGUUCUAUUCCAAAUAAAACUGGAUCGAAAAUUGGAUCUGGCGGUUCUACUCCGAACAAAACUGGAUCAAAUAUUAAAUAGGAUUAUAUUUUUAUACAGAAUAUAUAGGUAUAUUUGUGUGCCCUACAA